AUGUUGUGUGUGGCGUGCCACAUCAGCGUGACAACAGCGUCCGUGGAGGAAACGGAAAAGGUGUGCCUGCAGUCGAAGAAUGUUGUCAUUGCGGACACGCUAAUUGACAAGGUAAAGGAUAACACCUUUGACGUAAUCAUCAUUCCAGGAGGCAUGAAAGGAUCGAACGCAAUAUCGAAUUGUCCAACUGUUAUUGAAAUGUUGAAGGCACAGAAAAGUAGUAACAGAUUUUAUGCGGCCAUAUGUGCAGCACCUGAAACUGUCCUACAUCGCCAUUCCCUAAUUGAUGACGUUGAGGCAGUAGCAUACCCAUCGUUCGAAAGCGAUUUCAAGCAUAUCGGCAAGGGAAGAGUGUGCGUUUCAAAGAACUGUAUAACCUCUGUUGGCCCAGGAUCUGCUGUUGAAUUUGCUCUUAAAAUUGUCGAAAUGUUGUUAAGCAGAGAUGCAGCCCUUAACCUUGCUAGCGGUUUUUUACUUCACCCAUCUGUGACGUUUUAA